AUGCCACAACCGAGUGCCAGCAUCUGGGCAACCACACCUCCCCAGGGCUGCGCCAGACCUAGGGACCCCCACCCGUCCUACCUGGGGCCUCGCCAUAAGGCCCUGGCUUCCAGGAACUUGUCUGCUCUGCAGAUCAGCCCCCCCAUCAUCCUCCUUUUCUGCUAUUCUCAGAACAGCUCUCCGGGCUCAGAGCGGCGCCUGGGGCAGAGCAGGCUGCUUUCUGCGGGACGGCGCCUCGGUUCCCAGACUCCCGCUUUGGGAGCUGCUCCAGUCCCCGCUCCCGCCCACCCCGGAAAACCGGCCAGAGCCCUGUGCCGUCCCUUUGUCCGCCACCUGUUCUCGCUUGAAGGAAGGUACCGGUCAGCUGUUCCCGAACAGCAAGCCCCUGCCAAGCCCCCCUGCUGGGCGCAGCCCGCACUGCGGCUCAGGGCUGCUGGGCGCUGGGCAGGGCGGCUGGUCCAGCACGGGCUUGGCUGCGUCUGGCUUCUCCCCGGGGGCUGGGCUCAGCUCUGCUCCAGCAACGGACAGCGGCUCCCAAGUGGAAACUCCUGCGGGGAAGACGGUGAAAAACCAAAGCCGACACCGCAGGCUCAGGCCAAGCCUUCGCCGCUUUGGAUUUGCUGGCACCCCAUUGGCCAGGACCUGCCGGCCUUCCCAGAGCUUAUCCCUUCCCUGGGCAGCUCCCAAGGGCCGCUGACCGACGGACGCACGAAGGUGAGCAGGACGGCACUGCGCGCGAGGAGCGCGGCGUAUUAGUCACCGCGUGCGGCCAGGAGAGCCAGGCUCGCCAGGCUGGCCAGGCUGGUCGGGGGAGCGGUGAGGGGUGCACCUGAGCCCGACGGGAGGCUCCUUGCUGGGGUCACCGAUGCUGGCUUUCUGUAGAUGAGCAGGAGCC